CCCCGCGUGGAGCUGGCCUGGGCCAUGAAGGCACAUCAGCACGCCCAGGUCUACUUCAACCUCAUCUCCUCCGUCGACCCCAAGUUUCUAAACCUCACCAAAGUGGACGAUCAGAUCUACGAGGAGUUCAGGAAAACCUUCAAGGACCUUAAAAUCGAUGUGCUGGACCCAGAAGACCUCAAAUCAGAGCCCGCCAAGGAGAAGUGGCGCCCGUUCUGCCUGGGCUUCGAGGGGGUGGUGGAGGAUUUUAACUACGGGACGUUGCUCCGCCUGGACUGUGGCAAAGAUUACACCGAGGAGAACAGCAUCUUGGCCACCAGAAUCCAGUUUUUCGCCAUCGAAAUCGCUCGGAACAGAGAGGGAUGGAACAAUGUUGUCUACAGCAGCGCCAGGGAGGCUGGGGCUGGAGCAGAGGAACCGGUGUCAGG